CAAGCCAAUCUCUCCACUGCUCGUGCUAUAUUUUGUCGCGAUUCCUGUUGCAUUGCCGCUCUCAGACGAAUUUUGGAUUCCUCACGUUUUCACUGCCCUCACACUCUCACUAUGGAGGUACCCACGGCGACUUCUCUCCGCGACAUAUACCCCGAGGAUGCCGUCUCGACACAGGCACAGCGAUGGGAGAGGCUUCUUUCGCAAUUCAAGGAGUUGUAUGGCAAACAGGCAGAAUUUGUAGCGCGGAGUCCAGGGCGAGUCAACAUCAUCGGCGAGCAUAUCGAUUACUCCUUGUAUGAAGUUCUUCCUAUGGCUAUCACCGCAGACUUCAUCAUGGCUGUUGCCGUACGGCCUGCAGACGAGAAACCACGGAUACGCAUCGCGAGCACCCAAUCGCAAAAGUUCCCCACGCGCGAAUUCGAGAUACCUGCUGAAGGCGACCUGCCCAUUAAUGCCACCGAGCAUGAGUGGACAAAUUACUUCAAGUCUGGUCUUCUUGGCGUGUCGAAGCUUCUGUCCCGGAAGCAGGGCAAGCACUUUGUCUCGCGCGGUAUGGACAUCUUAUGCGAGGGAACCGUGCCUAGUGGAGGAGGCUUGUCCAGUUCCGCCUCUUUCGUGUGCACAAGCGCCCUGGCCAGUCUCAUCGCCAAUGGAGAAACCAAGGUCGACAAGAAAGAGCUGUGCGAGCUUGCUAUCGUGUCGGAGCGGGCUGUGGGUGUCAACUCAGGCGGCAUGGAUCAAGCCGCAUCCGUAUUUUCCCUGCGAGGCAGUGCCCUCUACGUGACAUUCAAACCCUCCCUCGACUACACAACACUUAGCAUACCGCAAACGGACCCCGAACUUACUUUUGUCACGGCCCAGAGUUUCGUUGCCGCCGACAAACACGUCACAGCGCCCGUAUGCUAUAACCUACGUGUAGUUGAGUGCACGCUGGCGGCUGUCUUCCUUGCAAAAGCAUUCGGACUCAAGCGUCAACUACCACAAGACUCCUCCCCUCUCGGUGUCAGCCUGCGCAGCUUCCACGAUGCUUACUUUGAAGAGAAGAACAGCAUAGCAGAUAAUACGAAAACCUCGGUAUCUGAUUUUGAAGGGCAGCUCACACAGCUUAUCAAGCUAGCAGAAGAUUACCUCCCACAAGAAGACGGCUACUCCCGCGCUGACAUCUGCGGACUUCUCGGCACUACCGAAGAAGAGUUGAACCAACAGUACAUGUCCAAGUUCCCGGUCCGGGCGGAGAGGUUUUUGCUUCGACAACGCGCGCUCCACGUUUUUACAGAAGCUCUCCGUGUGAUCAAAUUUCGCCAACUACUUGCUGCGCCUCCGGCGGACGGCAAAGAACUUCUCAAGGGUCUCGGCGAUCUGAUGAACGAAACACAAGACUCUUGUCGCGAUGUCUACGAUUGCAGUUGCCCUGAGCUUGACGAAUUAUGCAGUCUCGCACGAGGUGCAGGUGCCGUUGGUAGUCGCCUGACUGGUGCGGGCUGGGGAGGUUGCAGCGUGCAUCUUGUGCCCAAGGACAAGGUAGAUGCCGUGAAGCAGGCGUGGGUAGAAAAGUAUUACAAGAAGAAGUUCCCCGAUAUUACGGAAGAAAAGUUGGAAGAGGCGGUUGUUGUCAGUAAGCCUGGCAGUGGCAGUAUGAUUUUCAAGGUUGUAGGAGAUGGUGUCGUCUAA